CCCCCUGGCGGAAGACAUCCGUCUGCCUCUCACUCCCGCGGGUGGUGUUGCUCUCAGACGCGCGUCAGUCUGUGCGUCACUGACGACAUGCGGAUCUUCGCUCUCGCAUCCCUUUCCGUGACGGUCUGUUCCGCCGGUGUCGGUGAGCGCGAUGCGGACGCGCCCUCGGUUUGAGAUCGAAGCGGCUCAGCUCCGUAACGCGCCGAGUUAAUGCUUCUGUCGAUGCCGCACACGCGAUGCGUGGUCUGUGUAAGAUGAUCCGUGAAGACAGUCAUCCGAUCCGCUGCUCUGCUCUGCUCUGCCUGUUCAUCAACCAACUAGCUGAAGGCUAUAGCUGGCACAGAUUACCUGCUUAGUUAUAAAGUCAUGUAGUGGAUCGAGCAGGUUUUCUUCGAACAGCGAUACAGCAGGCUGUAUAACCUGAUGUGUUUCUCCAUUACAGAGUUUUGAGUGAAGAGCUGUCAUGUUCUGUGAGCCUACAGGCAUCUGAAGUUGCAAAAUUGCCAAUGUUGAAGAAUAUGAAUCAAUAAAAGCGAAGCUGAUCACCUCUGGGCAGUGCUACAUGCAGAAGGAUGGGUUUGCUUCAUCCAGUCGUGAGCCAUCAGAAAUGAAAGACUGUGUAAUGUCACCUGUCUGCUUUAUGGACGCAUUCCACAUCGUACUCUGGAGACUUUGACCCUAAAAGUGCCUGAGAAAGCUGCCUGUUGGGGUGUCCACUUUCCUCUCCUUUCUAAAAACAAACCACAUUUUCGUUUGGUAAAAAUGGGCCCUUUUAUGUCUCCUUUCAAUAAUCUGCUAUGCAUGCUGUUGGGCAUCUCUUUCACUGUCUGGUUCACGCUGCUCUUGGUCUUCAUCAUCGUUCCAGCCAUUUUCGGUCUGUCUUUCGGUAUCCGCAGACUCUACAUGAAGACGCUGCUCAAGGUGUUUGAGUGGGCCACAGUGAGGAUGGAAAGAGGAGCCAAGGAGAAAAAACAUCUUUUGUACAAGCCUUACAGUCUUAAUAGCAUUAUUGCUAAAGAACCUACAUCACUUGAAGAGGAGCUCAAAGAGAUUCGGCGAAACUGCAGCAGCCGAGAGUUGGAUGGCUCCGCCUCCACCACCACAAGCCCCUCCCCUUCCUCGUCAGAGUUUGAAAUGUCGGACACCUUCUACUUUUGCCGCCGUGGCAUUGAAAGCAUCGUAGAUGAUGAGGUUACCAAGUGUUUCACGGCAGAGGAGCUUGAGUCGUGGAACUUGCUGACCAGGAGCAACAAUAACUUCAAUCACAUUAGCACCAGACUGACAGUGCUGUGGGGUCUCGGUGUUGUCAUCCGUUAUGGGUUUCUGCUGCCCCUCAGGAUGAAAAAUUUUCUCAGUGAGAAGGUGCACCUGAUGUGUUACCGUAUCUGUGUGAGAGCGCUGACUGCUAUCAUCACAUACCAUCACAGUGAAAACAAACCCAAGAAUGGAGGCAUCUGUGUCGCCAACCACACGUCACCCAUUGACGUCAUUAUACUAGCCAGUGACGGAUGCUAUGCAAUGGUGGGUCAGAUCCAUGGGGGCCUGAUGGGGCUCAUUCAGAGGUCUAUGGUGAAAGCUUGUCCACACAUUUGGUUCGAGCGCUCAGAAGUCAAAGAUCGCCAUCUAGUGGCUAAAAGGUUGAGCAAUCACGUAAAAGACAAAAGCAAACUGCCCAUCCUCAUAUUCCCCGAAGGUACCUGCAUUAAUAACACAUCAGUCAUGAUGUUCAAGAAAGGAAGCUUUGAAAUUGGCUCAACCGUCUACCCUGUCGCCAUAAAGUAUGACCCUCGGUUUGGGGAAGCCUUCUGGAACAGCAGUAAGUUUGGGAUGGUGAAUUAUCUGCUCAGGAUGAUGAGUAGCUGGGCCAUCGUCUGCAGUGUGUGGUACCUGCCUCCGAUGAGCCGUCAGGAAGGUGAGGAUGCAAUGCAGUUUGCUAACAGAGUAAAGGCAGCCAUUGCCAGACAGGGUGGUCUAGUGGACCUGCUGUGGGAUGGUGGGUUGAAACGAGGGAAAGUGAAAGACACUUUCAAAGAGGAGCAACAAAAGCUCUACAGCAAGAUUUUGGUUGGAACGCAAGAGGUCCGCAGUCGUUCUUGAGGAGAUGAAUCAGGUGAGGACCUGGAGGGCAAGAGAGGGCUCAGAGACAUGGACAACGACGUUAUGCUUUUGUUUUACAUCCAAUAACAAGAACUGUCCUUGUUUAAUUGUUCGUCUUUGUGAAAAGACCAAAGUGUGUCCAGUGUUAGGUCAGAUCGUGAUCAAAACACCAUGAGAUGUGUUUUGAUGCGUAAUGGUACGUUUACUGAAGUCAAUGUAGCGUGAUUCAGUCCAUAGUGGCCGGGUCACUCAUGAGGAGUCAUAAGGACGCAAUGCAGCAGUUUAAUGGUUUUUCUCUCUUUUUGUUCAUUUCUUGAUUCGUUUUUUUUUCUUUUAUUAUCAUUUACUCUUAACGUGUCAUUAGGACGCGGUAAACUAUUACAUUUGAUGGCCAUGUAUGGUUGAAGGAAACGCCUCAUCAGGCUGCACGUAGGUGUCCGAGAGCAUUUCUAUCUCUCUGCUAUACUUCUGCUGCGUGAGUCACUUUAAUCCUGGAUUUUAACAGGAGAAAACGGUGGAAAUAUUCAUGGAAAACCUGCAAUUUAAGGUUAGCCUGACCUUUGCAGAUGAAUAAUCUGCAUUGACCUUUCAAAAUACCUCUGGAUAAACAAUCAAACCUGUGUGAAGGGUUUGAGAAGAAAGAGUGAAAAAUUUAAGGGGGUCUGAAUACUUUCCGUACCCACUGUAUAUAUUUUUUUCUCGUCCUUGUGUGAAAGAUCCAGAACUUUUCCAUUCACAUCUGGGAGUCAAAUCAUGAGAGUCUUAAUGACAUUGGCCAAGUGACGGCCAAUUGAAAAGUCUAUGAACUAUUCUUCAGGUACUGCACUCAUUCAAAUUAAAACAAUUGUUUGUGAUGUUUUAAACAACACUAUGCAGCAUGUACUGUAAAUAUGCAACCAGUGUUUCCUACAGGACUUUUUUUUUCAGAUCAAUCGACCCUAAAACAUGUUAAACAAUAACAUAUUUUUUCAACACAUCAAUAAUUUUUUUCAAUAUAUUAUUAUAAUUAUUUUCAAGUAAAAUACAUUUUAUUACAACAAAACCAAAAAAAAUUCUGUUGCAAAUUUAUAUCUUCAAAACCCAGUUAUCAGUUCUGGGCUCAUUUUGAGUUCAUUGAGCGAGCGAGUAAUCAGAUUCGAUUGAAUAAGCUGUCUGAUGAUUUAUCUGUUCAGACCAAUGCAUAAAAAACUGCAGACAGGCUGAAUGAACAUAAAAAUUCACUCUGAUAUUUUUUAUACCGAACAUUAGUCUUAAACAGGCCUUUACUGAACUCAAAAAUUCCACGUCCUUUCAGAUGAAGCUUUAGCACAACAACAUCCUGAAUAGCAGUGCAGGAAACACCGUACGCAGCUAACUAGCUCUAAAACUAAAACACUAAAGGGCUCAUAAUGAAGCAGAAUGAAAAAGUAGUAUUUUUACAAAAUGCUAUGUAACAAAAAGGCUGCAUCCGAAAUCAAACACUCUUAUGUUUGAAUAAAAUAAUUACUUCGCGACUGCUAAAAAAAAGUCUGUUCUAUGUAGUAUGAAUUUGUGUCAUAUGAAUGUAAUCCGGAUGUACUACAUACGUCACGUUGUCAUUGUCAUGUGACUAAUAGUAGCAGCAUCAGUUGCGUCGCUUCACUGUCAUUCACAAAUCAUCUCUCGUGGCAUCAUCCGCUUUUUUAUGAAUGCUGUGAAUUCGGACAUACUACUCGUACUGUUUUUUGCCUACUAUAUGCAAAGAAUACUAUAUGGGAAGUAUGCGAUUACAGAUGCAGCCUAUGUGUACCAAGGGUCUUUAAUUUCAGGACUAUGUUUGGUUACAACCGCUGAUGAACAAGAUGUUUGUUUAGUUGUUAUUGUAUUAAAGCUCGAUCCACAUGUGUGAAGCUGUUUCUGAGUUACUUUAGCUUUUGGACCUCUAAUGUGUAAGAUUCAUUUGGAUCUGAUGAAGCCUGAUUCUCCAGUAACACUAAAGCUGUGAAGAUUUUAAAGGCGCAAUAUAUAAGAUUUUUUUAUUAAAAUAUCCAAAAACCACUAGAACAGUGUUAUAUAUUUU